GUGACCGCGAGAUUAGGACGCGUUCAAGAUGGCUGCUCAUGAACCUCUAACGUUAGCUCGAGAUGUUAAUCGUGCCAUUGAGCUGAUUGAAAAGCUACGCUCUAGUGGUGAUAUUCCUCCAAAGAAACUUGAAGCUUUGCAAAAAGUUCUUCAGAGUGAAUUUUGUAAUGCCAUCCGUGAGGUGUAUGAACAUGUUUAUGAGACUGUUGACAUCCAAGGCAAUCCUGAAGUGAGAGCUCAGGCCACAGCUAAGGCCACGAUUGCUGCUUUUGCUGCAAGUGAAGGUCACGCACAUCCCCGUGUGGUGGAACUUCCCAAGAAUGAAGAAGGGCUUGGCUUUAAUGUGAUGGGUGGGAGAGAACAGAAUUCUCCCAUUUAUAUCUCUCGUAUUAUCCCAGGUGGUGUGGCUGACAGGAAUGGUGGCUUGAAGCGUGGGGAUCAGUUGCUCUCAGUCAAUGGAGUGAGUGUUGAAGGAGAAAAUCAUGAGAAAGCUGUUGACCUUUUGAAAGCAGCUGAAGGAAGUGUCCGUCUAGUUGUGAAGUAUACACCAAAACUGCUGGAGGAAAUGGAGGCCAAAUUUGAUAGACAGCGUGGGUCUCGUAGGCGCUGAUUUGUGAGGGUGGAGAUGUAAAAAUUCCUUGAAGCAAGAGUUGGUCUGACCAACUCGAGGAACAGACAGCAUUGUACAUGACAGCCAUGUACUCCAAUACUCUUAACAGUGUUUUCAUUUACAAAGCAUUUUUUUCAUUGUGAAGAGAGAGUUUAUUUGUCGGUUUUUAUUUCUUUUUAUCCUCCUAGUAUUUUAGUGGAAUUAUUUGUACUUCAAAACAGGAUGUCUCAAGAAAUUUUGCAAAUGUAGUGCUGGCUUUUGUUUGAAUUAUAUAUUAGUAAUCAACAACUUUGUAGGCAUUGUUGGCAAAGGACACUGCUAACUUUGUAAUUCAAAACCAGUAAACUUAUAGUCAAUUUUUGAAA